AUGUUCAACCACACCAUUGACCAAUUAUCCCAGCUCUACCCCCCGAAACCAUCUUUCACAGAGAAUCAACUUCCAGAUCUCAAAGACAAGGUCUACAUCAUCACCGGCGCCAACACCGGCGUAGGCAAACAGCUCUCCCACAUCCUCUACUCCAAAAACGCCCGCAUCUACAUCGCCGCGCGCUCCCAAGAAAAAGCCCAUUCCGCCAUCCAAGAAAUCCAAUCCUCCCACCCCCAAUCCACCGGCUCCCUCACCUUCCUGCCCCUCGACCUCGCCGACCUCACCACCAUCGCCGCCUCCGCCAACCAAUUCCUCUCCAAAGAGCCCAAACUCCACGUCCUCUUCAACAAUGCUGGCGUCAUGAACCCCCCCAAGGGAUCGACCUCCAAACAAGGCUACGAACUCCAACUCGCCGUCAACAACAUCGGCACCUUUCUCUUCACCAAGCUCCUCUCCCAACGACUCGUCGAGACAGCGCAGACGGAGGACCCGGGAACCGUGCGCGUCGUAUGGGUGGCUUCGUCGGCCGCUGAGGCACCGCAAGUUCCUAACGGGGGCGUCAACAUGACCGAUAUCGCGGAUAGGGUGAAGAAGAGCGAAUUCACGAGCUAUGCGCUCAGCAAAGCCGGUAAUUAUCUGCACGCCGUGGAAAUGGCGAGGCGGUUCAGGCACCAAGGCGUGGUGAGUGUUGCGUUGAAUCCUGGAAACUUGGAUUCGGAGCUGUGGAGGACGCAGACGGCGUUUGCGUCGAGGGUUCUCAAGACGUUUGUUUUGCAUCCUCCCAAGUUUGGGGCGUAUACGGAGCUUUUUGCGGGCUUGUCCAAGGAUGUUACACUGGAAAGAAGUGGUGAUUGGAUUGGCCCGUGGGGACGCUUCUUGACGAUACGGCGGGAUCUGAAAAGGGCGGCGGAAGAUGAGGCUCAUGGUGGUUUGGGGACGGCCAAGGCGUUUUGGGAAUGGACAGAGGAGCAAGUCCGUCCGUACGAGACAUAG